CAGACAAUUUCAAAUUGAACGAACAAUUUCAUUCGCUUUUUAACAGCGGCGGUGACUUGAAGCUAAAAAUUAUUGUAUAUUUUGCUUCGCGCGCUAAACUUUUGAACACAUUGAAAAUAAAUGAAAAAAAAUUCAAAAAAGAAAUAGAAAAAACACGUCUCGCCGUUGAUUUUAUAAUAAUUGUGGAGAUACAAAAAUCUCGUACGCGUUGUGUUUUAGUGCUAAAAAAUAAGAAAUGCUAGAAAAAAAAAUUUGAGAAUAAAAACACAAAAUCUAUUGUAUGUAUUUUGUCAGAAAAAAAUCAAGCAAAUAAAUAAUAUUGCAAAAAAAUCCAUGUUUUUUGUAAAAUUUCUAAGAAAUUGAAAAAAUUUCAACAAAUUUUAAGUGCAAAAAAAUAAAACGACAUCAAUCUUCAAUGAAUUGUUAAAUAAAUGUCGCAAAAAUUCAACAACAAAAAAAAUUUCAAAGUAGUUACGUAAAAAAGUAUCUUACAAAACAAGUUACGCCCAAAAGUGUUUCACUCAGAAUCGCCACAAUUUAAGGCCUGUUCAUUAGAGAAUUCACUUUAAACAACAAAAUCAUAAAAAUUGUGACAAAAAAACACAGAUUUAACCAGAAAACUUCUAAUAAAAACAAGGUAAUUUCAAAGAAAAACUUUGUUUUAAAAACUCAUCAUCAAAUAUCAAUGUGAAAGAAACACGAAACAAAAAAUUAUGCAAGUGUUUUGGUGGUACAAAAAAAAAUUCUGAUUGGAUUGCGUGAAACAAAAAACAGUUACAAAAUCACUACGCGCUCACACAACACAUAACACACACAGAUACUCACUCACACACACUCCGUGUCAGCGCUCACUCACACACAUUUAGUGUAAACUGUUGAUUUUUUGGAUAAUCAACAACAUAUAACACCUAAACGGAACAAAGACGGUUUCAAUGUGAAUGCAGUCGUACAACGGAUAUGAAUCGUAAGGGAGCAACCAUUUUUAUUUCUUUUUGAAAUUUAACGGAUAAAAUAAAAUGAAAUUAUAGCUACGUAAUACAAUAAAAUAAAAGUGAAAUAAAUAAAAUCAAAAGUGUACCGUCAAAAAUUAAUGAAAAUUUUCUUUUAAAUACAAGAAAUUAAAAAAAAGUUAUAUAAUUUUUGUAACAAAAAAUAAAGAAAAAAAAAAUAAAUAUAAAUCAAUGUGGUUUUAAGCAAGAGUUUAAUUUAAAAAUUUAUUUUUUUAAAUUAUAGUGAAAAAUAAGUGAGGAAAAAUAAAAUAAAUUUCGGGGAAAUUUGUGUAUAAUGUCUAAAAGUGCUACUGAGCAAUUUCAAAUUAAAAAGAAAAGAAAACAUCCGUUAAGUGUAAACACCACUACACCCCUAAAUCAGUCAAACAAACGUUACGUACUCUCAGUGACGCCGACGCCGGACUUGUUAAUUAAAGAAAAUUACUCAGAAUUUCAAAUUGAUGAUAAAGAAUCAAAAUUCAAUUCUCUGCUACAAAUCAAAUCUAUAGCCGGAACAGCAGCAACGGCAAACACAGCAGCUGCUGUCUACAAGUUUAGUGACUCAAAAAAGUGCAUAACCACAUCUACAACAAAUAACAUAUUAACAACAAAAUCGGCUGUAGUCGCGGCAGCAGCAUUAGGCGCAACAAGAACAAACAAUUGCUUACGUGAUCAAACGCAGGUAUUACGCCACGCCACCACUAUGCCACUCUCACACGGAUUCUAUGUCAAGGGGGCUUUGGCCAGCAAACGAGGCCUCAAGUCUAUGAAAACGAAUGGUGCCUCGGGCUCUUCCUCGUCCACACAGCAGUCUCAUGAGGAGGCCAAAAGACCGCGCCGUAGCAAUGAAAAUAUAAAACUGCGCUCACCGGCUUUAAUGGGCGGCCAAACGGCCAAUAAUUUACAACUUUCCUAUUUGUUGGGUGAGUCUUUGGCCCGACAUGGUCGUUUGCAGGAGGCCUUCGAUAUUUAUGCCCUCAUAGCCAGUGAACAGCCUGAAGGUUUCAUACCUUUGGAAAAGUUAAAUAUAUUGGCCACCGCUCUGUUAGAACACAUACGCAUUUUAAGCUCAAAUUCCAAAAAAAUCCCAGACUCAAUAGACUCCGAAAUGGAUGCUCUAAAGGCCACCAUAACCUCCUCGGGUUUAGCCACCAAAGGAGUUAGCAAUGACCAACACAAGCUUAUAACACCACUGAGAAAUAAAUAUGCCUCUUCAACGGCCGCCAAUGCCCUUAGCUGGCAAUUGGUGGCCUCGGGUCUAGGCUCAAAUGCAACAAUAUUAAAAGAUUUGGGCACAGAUUUCCUGGCAACAGCUGUGGGUGGCAAUUUGGAUUUACAUGCGCCCUCACGAGAACUAGCAGCAGUCAACAAUACGCAUAUGUCAGACGAGUUUGAUCUUUUAUUGUGUCCUUUGUGUCGUGAUGUGUUGCGUUGUCCGGUGACCACCAAUUGUGGUCAUACGUUUUGUCGCCAGUGUUGUGAAACCAUAACCAUGUGUAAUAUUUGUCAUGUUAAAUUUCCACGCUGGCAAAAGGACGACUACAGCAUCAAUGACUCAGCCAACAUAAACCUAAACAUCAAUGGCUUUCAAAGCCAAAGCAAUAACAACAAAGCUAUAGGAUUUUCCACACCUUUGGCUACACUCUCCACGGCGACCACAACCACUACCAGUAUGGAUUUAAAUAUCAAUAGCUUGGCCCACAAUAACAACCAACAACAGCAACAUUUAUAUUCUUCAGCAACUUCCUCUUACUCUACCUCAUUGUCUGCCACAACAUCAUCCUCCAUGUCAUCAUCAUCGUCCUCAUCUUUAGUCUCUACCCUCAACGAUUUGCCACGCCUACAAAUCAUCGCCACCCCUUUGGCCUCGCCCACUACCGUUACAACUACAACUAUAGCCUGUACCACAGAUACGGCCACCACUACCAUGGCUUCCACCGCCUCUACCAGCGGUGUUGCCCUGCGCUCCACCAGCUCCAAUGAUAACAUGAAAUUCAUGCCCGAUGUUUUGGUCAGACGGCUGGUGGAGAAAUGGUGGGGUUCAGAUUUGCAGGCGAAAAAAAUCAAUGAGACUGCUACCAGUUACAUGCAUUUAAAUCUACUCGAUGAUGCUUUGAAAUUUUGUAAUGCCAGUUUGGAGAAAUCUCCCACAAAUUUCAAAAGUCUUUUGUUGCGUGCCGAAGUUUUAAGGAAAAUGAAUCAUUAUCAAAGCUCAUUAGCUGAUGUGGAUAAUGCAUUGAAAGCUCGUUACACUUCAGCUAAGGCCCAUUAUUUGCGUGCCUUGGCCUUAAGCGAUUUAAGUCGUUAUGAGGAGGCUUUAUAUGAAAUAUGUUUGGCUAUUGGCAUGGACAAAUCAUCAAAUCUCAGCAACACGGAAUUAUUUCAACAUGAUCUCACUAAGAUUCUCCAAAAACUCCUUUCCCAAACACCCAAAUGUCUCAAGGUCGACCUCUCAUCAUUGCGUUCCAAAGCACCCUACAGUGUUUACUCUGAGCACAGAUUGAGACGCAAAAACAUUUCGCUACUCAGCAAUGCUGUACAGGAUGAAGAAUCCAUAAAUCUUUACGAAGACGAUGAUUUUCUGUCGGCCAACUAUGGCAAAGAGUGCGAUAUAUUGGCCGAUGAAGAUGUAUUAGCCUGUACGGAUUUUCUGAAUUGCGCUGAUAAACGUUCAACAUAUGCAAGCAUGGAUAAGAAAUAUGAAUUGGAAUUGAAGCGACAAACCACACGAAAGCAUUUUAGACGGAAAUGGAUACAAAAAGAAACGGAACUAUUGCCCAGCAUCGAUGUGGAGAGCGCAAGGUGUAGCAGUCAAUUUCGUAAUGUAUUGGAGCGUAUGCAACAGGAAAUUGUGAGACUGAAAAAAGUAGAAUCCUCUCCCGAAUAUUUCCAAAGACAAUUAGUAGCUGUUAAUCCUUCACUUAUAGAUGCCAGUGAUUUUGAUUGUGUGCUGUGUUGUCGCACAUUCUGGAAACCUGUGGUAACACCCUGUGGCCAUACCUAUUGUUUGGUAUGCCUGGAUAGAUGCAUGGACUAUACAUCAUCGUGUCCUUUGUGCAUGUCACCCUUAGUGGAGCCCAGCCUGAAUAUGUAUCAGGGUGCUUCAUCGCCGGUACCUUUAAUGCUGACCAAGCGACCGGUCACCAAGUUUCUCGAAGCCGCCAUGAAACGUUUCAUUCCAGAAAGUUACAACAAACGUUUUCGCCAAGAAAUGGUCAUGGAACCCUCGGUACCCAUAUUCAUUUGCACCACAGCCUUUCCCUAUGUACCUUGUCCCCUGUUUGUUUAUGAGCCUCGUUAUCGCUUAAUGGUGCGUCGAGCCGUUGAGUCCGGGGAGAAACAAUUUGGCAUUGUUCAGCCUCAUAGUGGAAAAUCUCGUUAUUAUGACUAUGGUUGCAUAUUGGAUAUAAGGGAUUGUGUCUUACUGGGUGAUGGCUGUUCCAUUUUGAGCACUAUUGGCUGCAAACGUUUUAAGAUUUUGGCUCGCAACGAAAAGGAUGGCUAUGAGACGGCCAAGGUGGAGUAUAUACAUGAUGAGACUAUACCAGAUGAGCAUUUAUCGUAUGUUAGUAAUAUGCAUGAUGUUGUGUUGUCCAAGGCUAUACAGUGGUACAAAAGUUUAGGAGAGGAUCUGAAGCAUGAGAUUUUGCAGAGUUAUGGUGAAAUGCCCAUGGUAGAGGAGAACUGGGAGACAAUAGCCGAUGGUCCAGCCUGGGCUUGGUGGAUAAUUGCUUUGUUGCCAUUGAGGCCGCAAUUAAAGGUGGAUAUCUUGGCAACAACCUCUUUAGAAAAACGCUUGCGUGCUAUUGAAAAAACCAUACACUCUAUGCCCGGCAACUAUCACUAUCAGCGUGUAUCGCAGAAUUGUGAUGUUGCCGUGGUGGUGGUGCACAAUCAGCAACUUCACUCGCAUCACGAUGUAGACGAUGACGAAGAUGUCGACGAAGAGGGAGAAGUUGAUGUUCAUCAUGUGCAUGUGGACGAUGAAGAUGAUCUCACGCAUGAUGGCGUCGACGAGGAGGAGGAAGAUGAUCAGCAACAGGCCUCUCUGCAACAUCACAUAGAAAAUGUGGCUCUUGAUCAGCCACAUGCGGCACACACAGCUUUAGAGCAACAGCAACAAAUGCAUCAACAACAGUGUGAAAAUGUGACCACAGUUGAUGAGUGUUGUCAGCGCACAACAACAGCUGCCCUGGUGCAUGGUCAACUGGAGGUAGCUGAUGAAACUCUAGCAACAACAAAUGAUCACCAUCAUCAUCAGCAGCAUCAUCAUCAUCAUCAUCAUACGCAUCAUCGGCAUCAUCGCUCAGGUCAUGCCCAUUCUUUGUUGUUAUAAAAUUAUUCCCUGUCUAAAGUCUA